UUUCACCCUGCCCCAAUUGUUUUGAGGCUUGAGCAAGGAGAGGAGGGAGGCGGGAGGGAAGAGAGGAAGGGCAGGCUGGGCCGACGGCGAGGAAUCCACUGCCGGACGAUUUGGAGGAGGGGCGAGUUCAGCCGAAGGUCGCGAAACGCCGGUGGUUAGAGGACGUGCUUGUUGACCCCGUUCGUAGGGUUUGUCUUGAGAAAUUCGAAUUUUAAAGCUAUGAAUCCAUUGACGUUAGUGAAGCGAAUUCAGAAUCUCAAUUCGAAAGAAGCGACGUUAGGUAUAUCUGAAGAAGCUUCGUGGCAUGCCAAGUACAAAGAUUCUGCUUACGUAUUCGUGGGCGGCAUCCCUUACGACCUCACAGAAGGCGACCUUCUGGCAGUGUUUGCGCAAUAUGGAGAGAUUGUUGAUGUUAAUCUUGUCAGAGAUAAAGGUACUGGUAAAUCCAAAGGUUUUGCUUUCAUUGCCUAUGAGGAUCAGAGAAGCACAAUUCUUGCUGUUGACAAUCUGAACGGUGCUCAAGUUCUUGGUCGAGUCAUAAGGGUUGAUCAUGCAAGUAACUACAAAAAGAAAGAAGAAGAAGAUGAAGAGACAGAGCAGAAGAAAAGGGAGGAACGAGGAGUAUGCCGUGCUUUCCAAAGGGGUGAUUGUAAUCGUGGAGCUGGAUGCAAGUUUUCCCAUGAUGAACAAAGAGCUGCAAACACUGGUUGGGGUCAUCAAGAUGAUAAAGGUUCUAAGUGGAAUCAUGACAGGUUUGAGGGUCAAAAAAAGAGUGAAAGACAAUCUGGCACAUCAAACAUAAUUUCUGAGUAUAUGGCACAGGAAACUAGAUUAAAAGAUAGAGAUGCAAGAAGUUCAAGAACAGUGGGCAGAGAAGAGGGCAAAGAAAGCCAUAACAAGCCAAGAGAAUUGAACUCAAGAUAUCGGGACAGUAGAGAUGGUGAGAAAGGAUCAGAGCAGAAAGAGGACACAAAUCACAAAGAAGAAUGGGAAAAGUGUGCAGGAGAGAAAAAAUUCAGAAGGCAUGACCAUGAACCAAAUUCAAGAGAAGCUUAUGAUAGGAGGGAAGAAAAGCGAUCAAGAAGGCAUGACCCAGAUUCCUAUCCCAGGGAAGACAGGGACACAAGGGAGCAAAAGAGAUCGAGCCGGCAUGAACUGGAAUCCCAUCGCAGUGAAGAUCGUAAGAGAGCCAGAGACAAAUGGUCAGAUCAUGAUAGAGAUUCUUCAUUUGAUCAUCAUAGGCGGAUAGAUAAAGAGAGUCGUCCUAGAUCAUACAGAUGAGUUCUUUUUUAACGUGUCACGAAACAAGAAUUCUUUGUGUGUGUCAGGACCUUUUCUGCAAUGCUAUAAUGCGGAUUUAGAUUCACUCUUUCUUUUUCUGUUUCUUCUGUUUUUGCCGGGCUACCUGAUGUAUCUCCUGUAUUUUUACUGGGGACCAUGGUUUGGCUUAUGUAUCUCUUGGAUUCCAUUGCACAGGAGAAAAUUACUCAGGCUUGUCAUCUUCUUGGCAUGGAAUGAUCAAGGAUGUGACUUUUACCCCACGAGAAUAGAUAUUUAGAGAUCUUGACAGCCUAACAGAAAAGCAUGGCCAGGAAUUUGUUGGAAAAGUUACCUUGCUGCCAGAUUGAUGUCAGAUUUUUUUUUUAAUAGAAGAUUGAAGCGAGAUAUGAGAUGUUUCAUUUAGUGAAUGUAUAUUUGGUGCAACUGCGUCACCUAUUAACGAGUCUUUCUGAGCAUUAUGAUGAAUCUGUGUGAGUACAUUUCUUAUGA